AUGGCCCUCACGGAAUCACCAGCCGCACCCCAGGCUUGGGGCCGUUGGCAACAGCAUCACCCUGCUGCCAACGAAUACAGCAUGAUGGACAACUCGAACUUUGUGCCCUACGACUCCAGGACACAGACGUCCGCCCCCAUGAACGGAGCCAUCAUGGCUCCUCAGUACAUGGUUGGUAACCACUACGGAGUCGCCUCCAUGCCCACGAUGGGCCACCCGUGCCAGACUCAAAACCACUUUGCCUACGCCCAGUACGAUUCGUCUCCGACCAACAUGAACAUGCCCUUCAGACUCCCUGCGCAGCAGGACCGCCAAAUGAUGCCCGUCACAGCCCAGGAGCACGAGGUUCCUCGCGCCAGCUCGUUCCCUCAGGAGAGCCCCUCGAUGCAGAACGACCGUCACCAGAGCCCUUCCAGCCGCAGCGAGACGAAGACCGCCAGCAGCACAAAGACUCCCCACCCUCUCAACACCAAGGACAUCAAAUACAACAAGCCCACCAGCGCAGAGGCGGUCAACUUCACAACCGCCAUCGACACGCUCAUGAAGGCCAUCCAGAAGAGGCACGACUCGGAAGACAUCGUCAAAGGCGUCCCCGAGAUCGAAAAGGUCGUCAAGCCCGAGCCCAGGUCUCCCAAGGCCCAGCCGCAACCUCAUGUCCAACCCGAGCCAUGCCCAGAGCCUGCUGAGGCACCGAAGUCCAAGAAGUACAUUUGCGACGUUGAUGGAUGCGGCAAGAGCUUCUACCAAAGCACUCAUCUGGACACCCACAAGCGUGCUCACACUGGAGAGAAGCCUUAUGCAUGCAACUGGCCGCGAUGCGGACGCACCUUCUCGCAGCCCGGAAACCUGAAGACUCACAUGCGUCGUCACACUGGCGAAAAGCCCUUCCGAUGCGAGCAGUGCAGCAAGGUCUUCGCCCAGCGCGGCAACCUGCAGACACACUUGGCUACACACACCAAUGCCAAGCCCUUCGUUUGCAAGUUGGACAAGUGCAACAAGAUGUUCACGCAGAGAGGCAACCUCAAGAACCAUCAGAACAAGUACCACGAGAAGACGCUCCUGGAGCUGACUGACUGGAUCGUCUCCCUGUCUGACAUUGACGGCCUCUCCGAUGAGGACCGGGAGAUGUACUGGUACUUCGCCAACCUCUACAAGAACAGCAACAAGGGCAUCAAGGGCCGCGGCAAGGACCGCAGAGUCAGCAAUGCCAACCGCGUGUCCAAGUCGAGGACUGCCCCUUCAUCGUACCCCGUCAAGCGCGUUCCCGGACCUACCAGCCUGGCGGCCUACAGCUCGAAGCGUCUCCCGCCUCCGGAGCAGUACAUGCAUUACCACCAGCACGAUGUUUACGACACCGACAUGGACCAGUCUUCCAGCGCAUCGAGCCCCAGGUACGACGGUAUCCCCACUGCCUAUCGCGAGAAUGCAGCGAGCCCGAGAUACGACGGCCUGCCCGGUGCCUUCCGCGACCGCGGCUACGCACAAUCCAUCUACUAG